UAACCUGCGGCAGCGUGCGGAUAUGAAAUAGCAGCGGCGGGUGGUGGUGACGUUAGAAGAGCGCGCCGCACUUCGGUGCGAACAGCUUCUGCGGGAGUGAAUUCUCGACCGUCGCGGGCAUGGUGAGCUGCAGUCGGGUGUUGCUCAGAAAGUAUGGAGACUUCAUUGAUAACCUGAGACUCUUCACCAGGGGAGGAAGUGGUGGAAUGGGCUACCCUCGCUUAGGUGGAGAAGGUGGAAAAGGUGGUGACGUCUGGGUUGUAGCCCAUAACAAAAUGACUUUAAAACAACUUAAAGAUAAAUAUCCUCAGAAACGGUUUGUGGCUGGAGAAGGAGCAAACAGUCGAGUUAGUGCACUGAAAGGCUCCAAAGGAAAAGACUGUGAAAUUCCUGUACCUUUGGGUAUUUCAAUAACUGAUGAAAAUGGUAAAAUUAUAGGAGAACUCAAUAAAGAGAAAGACAGAAUUUUGGUAGCUGAAGGAGGUCUUGGUGGUAAAUUACUUACAAAUUUCUUACCAUUGAAAGGCCAGAAACGAGUAAUUCACCUUGAUCUAAAACUUAUAGCUGAUAUAGGCUUGGUAGGAUUCCCAAAUGCUGGAAAAUCCUCUUUGCUAAGUAAGAUUUCUCAUGCAAAACCUGCAAUUGCAGAUUAUGCAUUUACAACAUUAAAGCCUGAACUCGGAAAAAUUAUGUAUAAUGAUUUCAAACAGAUAUCAGUAGCUGAUCUUCCUGGUUUAAUAGAAGGAGCACACAUGAACAAAGGAAUGGGCCACAAAUUCCUCAAGCAUAUAGAAAGAACUAAACAACUACUUUUUGUUGUUGAUGUUUCUGGAUUUCAGCUUUCUUCCCAAUCUCAGUACAGAACUGCCUUUGAAACCAUACUACUGCUUUCAAAAGAGUUGGAGUUGUACAGAGAAGAACUUCAGACAAAACCUGCGCUCCUGGCAGUUAAUAAAAUGGACUUGCCAGAUGCCCAAGAUAAAUUCCAUGUACUGAUGAACCAACUCCAGAAUCCUAAAGAUUUUUUGCAUUUAUUUGAAAAAAACAUGAUUCCAGAGAGGACCGUGGAGUUCCAACACAUCAUCCCCAUCUCUGCAGUUACUGGAGAAGGAAUUGGUGAACUAAAGAACUGUAUAAGGAAAUCUCUGGAUGAACACACCAACCAGGAAAAUGAUGCAUAUCAUAAGAAGCAGUUGCUUAAUUUACGUAUUUCCAAUACAGUAUCUUAUAGUGAGCUACCAUCAAAGAAUGCUGUUACUAGUGCCAGAAUAGAUAUAACUUGAAUCUGUUAAAAGUGAUAUUGAAAUUGCAUUCAUUUGGAAGCUUUUCCACAGACAUACUUUUUAGAAGGUUAGUUGUUACUAACCUGGUGUCUAUGCCAUCAUUCAAAAACCAUACUUUUUAAAGAUGUUUUGUACUUAAGUCUAUCAACAGUAAAAAAAAAAGUAACUGGAAAGAAAAAAAGUAACUGAGGGUUAAAAAUGACAGUUUAUAAUUUUAUGGCCAAUUCACCUGUAAUAAAAUCCUAUAAUACUCCUGUA